AUGGAGAGAGCUGCUGUGAUGUCGGCCCACAGGACUCCCUCAGUACCAGAGUGCAACAUCUCAACCUCCACCCUGGCCUUCGACCAGCACUUCACCACUACUGCCAAAGGAAUACUGCUCCUGGCUGAGAUAGUGUUCGGUAUGCUGGUGUGGAUUCUGGUAGGGGGUACAGACUAUUUUGACGUGUCUGCUCUCUGCUGGGUGAUGUUCGUUGCCAUCUUGUGCUGGGUCCUGACCGUCUGCCUGUUUAUAAUUUACCUCACUGGAGCCCACAGCAGGAUACCAAAGGUCCCCUGGACAACACUGUCGCUGUGUUUGAACUGCAGUGCUGCAGCUCUGUAUCUGGUGACAGCAGUAGCAGAUGCUUUCUCAGUCAACCAGGCCAUUAGGGGACGACACAACUACAACUGCUGGGCAGCAUCUGCAUUCUUUGCGUUUCUGACCACACUGUGCUAUGCAGGAAGCAGUUACCUGAGCUACUGUGCCUGGAAAACCACAGAAGAAGGACAGUAGUCUUGUUUCCUGCUGUUUGAAGGCAACAGAGAUCAGACUGGAAAUUUGACUUCAGUGCAGGUCAAGUCAAACGUAAACUUGUGUAGAAACUGUAAAUAUGAUCAUAGCGGAGUAUCUUUGC